CGAAGCUGCCAUUAACGUCUCUCUCUUACUUCGUCUGAGCUACAAAAUCUCUCACGAUGGAAGAAGAAAGAAUCGAAACGCAAAGAGAAAUCCCGAUCUUUAGAGAUAUAAGGCGUUAUACUUGCGAGUACUGUGGGAUUGUUCGCUCGAAGAAGACCCUCAUUAAUGCUCAUAUUCAAUCACACCACCAGGAUAAACUUUUAGAGAAAGAAGAUGAUGGAGAAUGCAAGUUGAACGUUUGUGAGGAAUGCGGGGUCUCAUUUCGAAAACCUGCGCACUUGAAGCAGCAUAUGCAAAGCCAUUCACUCGAGAGACCUUUCUCUUGUCCAAUGGAAGAUUGCAACCACAGUUACAGAAGAAAAGACCACCUAAAUCGCCACUUAAUCCAACACCAGGGUAAAAUCUUUGAAUGCACAAUCAAAAACUGCAAGAGCAAAUUCUCAAUCCAAGGGAACUUAACAAGACACAUCAAAGAAAUCCAUGAUGAUGAUGACUCAGACUCUGAAGCCACACAAGAACAAAAGACUACUUACACUUGUCCAGAACCUGGAUGUGGAAAAGUUUUCCAAUAUGCAUCAAGAUUACAAAAACACAAAGAAUCUCAUGUUAAGUUGGAUACAGUGGAAGCAUUAUGUGGAGAAUGCAUGAAGUAUUUCACAAACGAACAGUGUUUAAAGGCUCACAUCCAAUCAUGUCAUCAACAUAUCAACUGUGAAAUCUGUGGGAGCAAACACUUAAAGAAAAACAUCAAACGACACCUUCGAACACAUGAAAAAGUUGUAUCUGAAGAGAAAGAGAGGAUCAAAUGCAGCUUUGAUGGAUGUGAUCAUACAUUCUCAAAAAGGUCAAAUCUUGCAGUACAUGUAAAAGCUGCUCAUCAUCAAGAGAAGCCAUUUGUGUGCAGUGUUUCUGGAUGUGGAAUGAGGUUUGCUUUUAAGCAUGUGAGAGAUAACCAUGAGAAAUCUGGAAGCCAUGUUUACACUAUUGGGGAUUUUGUUGAAGGGGAUGAUGAGUUUAGAUCAAGGGAAAGGGGUGGUGUGAAGAGGAAAUUGCCUGGUGUGAUUGAUGCUUUGAUGAGGAAAAGAGUUCUUCCAAUUAAUGAAUCUGAUUGCAUUCAUGGCUCUGAUUAUAUCUCGUGGUUACUUUCAACAGGCGAUGAAGAUUAGUUGAUUGUCUUGAAUGAAAUGGUUAUAAUCUUAAGUCUCGAUGAUGAAGUAUAUAAGAUAUGUUUGUAGGGUUUUUCCACAAAACAAUUAGUGUAAUGUUUAUUGUCUAUAUAAUGAAUAUAAUAUAUAUGUCAUGUGUUGAUUUUGGUGA